UCUAUCAACGUUGAGUUCCCAGCCCAACUUCAGCCAUGAAGAUUCUCUACCUGCUCUUUGCUGUCUUUUUCCUGGUGCUGCAAAGCUCUCCAGGAUUCACCCAGGGCAUCAAUAACCCCUUUGCUUGUCGUCGUGCUCGAGGCAUCUGCCGCGGUAGAUGUCCCCCCAAUUUCAGACGAAUCGGAAGUUGUGGUUUUCGGCUGAGUUGCUGUAGGCGAUGGGUGGGGGAGAUUUCGGUUCAGUUUUGGCGGGGCGGGGGGAGAAGGAGGGAGGGGCGCAAAACCACCAACCCAACAGGAGAAACGGAGGCACUGGCCAAGUCUUAUGAUGAGAAG